UUGUUUUCAAAACAUUUCUUAACUCAGUCGGUAUUCGGACACUCAGCACAACGGACGCGGUACGACAAAGCGGACGUUUUUACUCACAUAUAUGGUAUAUAGUAACAGCAGAGUCGGUGGGUAACACUCGUGCCGCACUCGUCGCAUACAAAUCGCGCGACUCUACGCCAAUAAAUAGUCGCCAUAAUCGAUCGUAGCGGUGAAACGGUCAGCAAGUGUUUGGCUUUUUUGCUUUCGUUUGGCUUUGGGCAGUCAAUUGUAUUGGUUACGUGCGCGCUACGCUGCACCUCAACAGCCGCAUAUACUCGUAAACGCUCCGCACUCCACCCUGCGCUGCUUCAACGCCAUUACGUGGUGGACGUUCGUUGAUUUCUUUUUUGCAUUGUCGUCAUCGGCGCGCUCAGUUCAGCUGCUGCUCCUCAGCACAUUCGCGCCUUUUAUGUGCUUCGCGUGCAGUUUAGUGGCACACUUGUCGUCGGUCGCGCUGUUGGUCGGUUGCGUCGCCUCGCUAAACAUUCGCUCGCUCUUACGUUCGCUGGUUCAGUCCAAGUCGAGCGACACUCAACUAAAUUGGUGCGUUGGCUGUUACUUGUAACGUUUUUUUUUUUAAUAAUUUUAAUUCAGUUUCAAAUCGCUGGCAUAUUUGCUCUUGUUGGUAGCUGUUGCUUGUUUUCUAUGUGCAAAUUGACUCAACAACAAAUGCAUUGAAUAAGCAAGUAACUGCUAUUUAAUAAAAUUGCAUUUAAUUGGGACAUUAAAGUGCCAACACAACCGACAUUACUACAUAUCAGUAUAAAAUAAAUAUAUAAAUAUAUGUACAAUAAAUUAAAUAAACAAUUUGAAAAAUACAAAAACAAAAACUUAUGUGUGCUUAAGUGCAAAAAAACAUAAACCAAAAGCACACAGUAACAGAAGUUACAAAACAACAAGAAAUACAAUUACAAAAUAUACACAAAUAAAUCAACAACAAUAGCCGCCGAUUCGUUAUCAAAUCACAAUGACCUGCCUGUCGGACAUUGAUCUGGCCACUUUGCACAAAAGUCGCCUCGAGGAACGGCUCAAUUACAAGUUGGCCUGGGGUGGCGCUACCACGAAUUACCUAUCGGCCUAUCAACAGCAUCAUCAUCAUCAUCAUCACACCAUACAACAACACAAUGCGCGCCUGGAUAGUUUUCAAGCAGCGCCGAAAGCCACAGCGCGUUCACGAAAUGCUGCGCAGAAGCAGAAACAGCAGCAAAAGUCAACAAAAGCACAGCAGCAGAGAGGUGUUCAACAACAACAGCAAACACAACAAACGCUUGACGGUGGUUUAAGCGCGUUGACACGCACCAGCUCGGAGCGUAAUGCUCAAAGCAGUAGUAAAUGUGUCACAGAUGUUUUGAAUGGCAAUUGUGUUGAACUCACCGACAAAUUACAGCAUUUGAAUUUGCAUUUCGACGAUGAUGAUCUGCUGGACAACGGCCACCCUAAAGUCCAACACAAGAGCCGCAAGUGGUGCGCGGCAGGUGGGCACACCGCGUCGCGCUUGCUGGACAACGAUCCCAACUGCAAUUACUUCACGGCAACGACACGUCGUCGGCGUUCGGGCACAUGGCCGCGCACCAGAAGUUUGAAUGCUCCAUCGCCAUUCCAACAAUUUGGACCAUGUGGACGAAUAAUGAAAAAUCAAGCAAUGGUUAUGCAAAUUCAGGAUCCCGCCAGUCAACGCCUGACCUGGUACAAGCCACCGCUCACCGUGCUCGUCAUAAAGAAAGUGCGUGACUCAACGGUGCUGGCACCCUUCGUACAGCUGGUCGAAUGGCUGGUGCAGGAGAAGCACAUGGUCGUUUGGGUCGAGUCGGCGGUGCUCGAUGACCCGCUACUAAUAGAGGAUAAGAAAUUCAAGAAUAUCAAAGAGAAAUUAGUGACAUUCAAAGAUGGCCGUGAUGAUCUAACCGAUCGUAUUGAUUUCAUAGUCUGUCUCGGCGGCGAUGGCACACUGCUGUACGCUUCGUUGCUGUUCCAGCAAUCGGUGCCACCGGUGAUGGCAUUCCAUUUGGGUUCGCUUGGUUUCCUCACACCAUUCGAAUUUGAGAAUUUCCAGGAGCAAGUGACCAACGUGCUGGAGGGUCAUGCUGCGCUCACGCUGCGCAGUCGCUUGCGUUGUGUCAUUUACAGAAAGAAUGAUCGCCGCAAGGAAUCGGAAAGCGAUUCAACGAAUCAAAUAACAAAGAACGCAUACAAUUACCAAGCGGAUGGCAGCGAUGGCACAAAUAAGAGUGGCAGCCGUGGUUCAACGAAUAUAUUGGUGCUCAACGAAGUUGUCAUCGAUCGUGGGCCCUCACCGUACCUAAGCAAUAUCGAUCUCUUUUUGGAUGGAAAAUAUAUCACGUCUGUGCAGGGUGACGGUCUGAUUGUGUCCACGCCCACUGGCAGUACCGCCUAUGCCGUGGCGGCUGGCGCCUCGAUGAUACAUCCCUCGGUGCCGGCGAUAAUGGUGACACCCAUCUGCCCACACUCGCUGAGUUUUCGACCGAUUGUAGUGCCCGCCGGUGUGGAGUUGAAGAUCAGCAUCUCGCCGGACAGCCGCAACACUUCAUGGGUCUCAUUCGAUGGCCGCAAUCGACAGGAGCUGCUGCACGGUGAUUGCCUGCGCGUGACAACCUCCAUCUAUCCGGUACCCAGCAUAUGCGCACAAGAUCAAAUUUCCGACUGGUUCGACUCGCUGGCGGAGUGCCUGCACUGGAAUGUGCGCAAGAAGCAGAAAUGCCUCGACGAGCUGAGCGACCUGACCGCCUCCGGUUCGGAAGACACGCUCGACGAUUUGGAUCGUGUCAACGACACGUUACUGGACAGUGGCUUGCAGUGAUUGUGGGUGGUUUUCAACUUUUCCGACGAUGAGUUGAGUAUGGGGGAGUGUAAGCGAAAAUAAUGAAAUUUGGCGCUGCGCAACUGUGGCACAGCUGUGUCACGCCGCUUCGGCGCAUAGGCAUUAUAUUAUGAAAGAGCAAUGUUGUGUAGAGUUUUGGCGUAAGCUUUUGUUGGGAAGCGUGCACAUUUUGUUUGAUUUGUGCUUUAGCUUUAGCGACAUUUUUUAUUAGUGUGUGAAAGAGUCGAGUCGGUGGGUAAUGUUAAUAUGGCAGUUGUAAGAAAUUAUGAACAAAUCUGUUGCAGAAAUUAGUAUAGCAUAAUUUUGUUAAAUGAUUUAUGUAAUACAAAUGAAAUAAAUGACAAGUUAAAUGUGAUGUGAAAUUGAAGCAAAUAAAAUGAAAUGAAAGUGUUUAUAAAUAAUUAUUCUAAAAAAUGUUUAUUGUAAUAGCAGUAAAUUGUAAUACUGUAAGUAAUUGGCAACGAAAGCUUAAGACAUACACAUACACAUAUGUAUAUGUAGUGGUAAAGCCUUAUGUGCUUCAUGCCACAAUUGAGGUUAUGUGCACUCAUUGACUUCUAUUGCCUUCAGUUACAAACAGGCUUACUCUGAGUAGCUAUCAAAACUAUUUCUAAACAAAAACACACACAAUUACACACAUACACAUUUAUAUAUUUUUUAAGCACUUGCAAUGCCAACCCAAAAGCUCAAAUUGUAUUGUGUUAUUAUUUAUUUGCAAUCAUAUUUUACAAACACUUAUUAGCAAUAUGCAGCAAUUAUUAGCACUUUCUAAACAAACAUACAUACAUACAUGUACAUAUAUAAAACGUAGUUAUAGUUUUGCUCUUUUGUGUCACGUGCACACGCCUAAAAAUAUAUUUAGCGCUAUAGUGUAAUUUAGCUUUAAGCAGCAUGUAUGUAUGUAUGUAAAAAAUAGGCAAUCAGUUUCACUUAAAAAAAUGAGAUUUUUAUGCGUCAAUGCAAUGCAUUUGUUAUAAGCAAUGUUUUUAAAUUAGUUGCGUAUAUUAAUCAUGCUUUGCAUUAUAAAGGGUUUUGAAAUAUAUUUGCGUAGCUUAUUAGUAAUAUAUGUAUAUUUUUGAGAUAACUAAAAUUAAUAAUAAUUAAUUAUUAUAUAAUAUUAUUAUUAAUUAUAUUAAUUAUAAUAACUUUUAUUAAUUAUAAUAAUAAUUGCAAUAAUAAUAACAAUACAAAAUUUCGUUUAACUUUU